AAUAACAACAAUAAACAUACCUAUGGAGUUUACCUCGAGCUCUAGGUUUUGUUGAAAUAAUAAAAAAAACCUAAUCGUAUCAGCAUCGUAUAAAUUUAUCAAAUUGGAAACAUAAUCUAAAAAUAAACGUGAAGACUAGAGUGAAUAAUAUUUCUUGUCAGUGAAUCAGUCCAAAUAACGUUUUACAAACGCUUAAAACAUUUGUUAACCUCAAAAUAAUUAAUGUAAAUCAACGUACAUUCAAGUUGAUUAACAAGCAUUUUCAGUCAUUUUUAUUGUUAAUAUAAGUUUAUAAAUAAACCAGCAAAAUGUCGGAACGUAAAGUAUUAAAUAAAUAUUAUCCACCGGAUUUUGAUCCAUCAAAAAUACCACGUAUGAAGUUGUCAAAAAAUCGUCAAUAUACUGUGAGAUUAAUGGCACCAUUCAAUAUGAAAUGUAAUGCAUGUGGUGAAUAUAUUUAUAAAGGAAAAAAAUUUAAUGCUAGAAAAGAAGAUGUUGAUGGUGAUGAUUAUCUUGGUAUAAGAAUAUACAGAUUUUAUAUAAAAUGUACAAGAUGUUUACAAGAAAUAUCAUUUAAAACUGAUCCAGAAAAAACUGAUUAUGUUAUUGAAGCUGGUGCAACAAGAAAUUUUAUGGCACUUAAAUUAGCUGAAGAACAAGCACAAAGAGAAGAUGAUGAAUUAAAAGAAGAAGAAGCAACAAAUCCAAUGAAAUUAUUAGAAAAAAGAACUCAACAAUCAAAACAAGAAAUUGAUGUUUUAGAAUCAUUAGAUAAUUUAAAAGAUUUAAAUAGACGACAACAAACAAUUGACUAUGAUCAAAUGUUAGAACAAUAUGAUACAAAAAGUGCAAGAGAAAAAACAAUUAAAGAACAAGAAGAAAUUGAUGAAGAAUUUGUUCAAUCAGUAUUUAACAAAAAAAAACGUACAGUUGUUGAAGAAGAAAUUAUUGAAUUAACUGAUGACGAUUUAUUGCCUUCAAAAAAAAUCGCUAAAACUGAUAAUGUAACGUCUGUUCAUGACUCAACAUCAGUAAGCAUUAACAAGAAACCAAUUGAUGUUGCUUCAUCAUCAUCGUCAUCAUCAACAUUAGAAUCAUCUUCUCGAUCAGCAACAUCAUUACUGGUAUCUUCGAAGGAUGUAUUACCAAGUCGACAAAAAAAAUAUUUAAAUUUAGUUAAAAAAAAUAUAAUUCUUGGAGUUAAACCAGCAACAACAACAACAAUAACAACACCAGCACCACCACCACCACCACCAUCAGCCAAUGAUUCAAAAUCCGAAUCAACAGCUAAAAAAACUGGACUUUUACUUUUAGGAUCAUAUUCUGAUACUGACAGUGAAGAUAGUGAUUGACAAAUUAUUUAUUUCAUUAUUAGAAAAUUUAUUAAAUACAAUUUUUUAAAAUGUUAAUUUUAUAAAAAAAAACAACACCCAAAAGAUGAAUUUUUG